AUGAAGAACAGUGAACUUCCUGGUUCCCUCUCCCCGCGAGUGAGACAGGAGCCCGCGGACGUCCAGCAGCAGCAGGAGCAGUCCUCUCGGGUCAUGAGCUCGGACAAGGAUGGGACCCAUCUGCACCAUGGAGGGCAGGCCUGUAGCUCUCCCGCUGGGAGGUGCCAAGUCAGAGUCCCUGAGCACUCAUCGUUUGCCCAGGGAUGGGACUUCUGUGAGGCCACAGCUGCUGGGCGGAGGGAUGCAGGAAUGAUGUCCAGCACUGCCGGCUCCGGCGCUGUCUUCCUAAAAGACUUUCCUUGGGCGACAGCUCAGACCUCACUCCUGCUUCUUCUGGGACUUCUCCUGCUGACUGCUCUUGGUUUCAUCUGGAAACUUCGCCGAGAGAAAGAUCGAGAAUGCUGGACCAAAGAGCAACUCCAAAGAGAGCUCCGCUGGAGAAAAGCCCAGAAAGUGGAUGACUGGAAAAAAGCUCGGUCCUAUGCUGUUCAUGUGACUCUGGAUCCAAAUACUGCCUUCUUUGAACUCUUUCUGUCUGAAGAUCACCAAAGUGUGAAGCGAGGAAACUUGUGGCAGAAUCUUCCUGAAAAACCUGAGAGGUUUUCUUUUGACCCUUGUGUGCUGGGCCAUAGGUCCUUCUCUUUGGGGAGACAUUACUGGGAGGUGGAAGUGGGCGACAGGACUUACUGGGAGCUGGGGGUUUGUGAGGAAAACGUGGAUAGGGCUUGGGGGAUCGCAGAAUCACCUCAGAAUGGAUUCUGGGCUGUGGAACUCUAUGCUAAUAAGUACCAGGCCCUCACCUCCCCUCGGACUGCCCUCCCCCUGAGUGAGCCCCCCAGCCGGGUGGGGGUCUUCUUGGACUAUGAAGCUGGGCAUGUCUCCUUCUACAGUGUGGCUGAUGGGUCCCACAUCUACACUUUCCCCCAGGCCUCCUUCUCUGGGCCUCUUCGGCCUUUCUUCUGCCUCUGGUUCUACCACCCAACCCCUCUGACCAUCUGCCACUGA